UAUCCCCGCCCUCUUCAGGACGCUGCCCCUGCGAUUGGCUCUCCUCGCCCCACCCCUGAUUCCGGAACUCCAAGUCCGUCCUGCCCCGGGGCUGGACCAGACUAGGCCACCAUGGACCUGGGGCUUGCAGGCCGGCGGGCGCUGGUCACCGGCGCAGGCAAAGGCAUCGGGCGCAGCACGGUGCUGGCGCUGCAGGCGGCGGGCGCACACGUCGUGGCCGUGAGCCGGACCCGAGAGGACCUUGACAGCCUGGUCCGCGAGUGUCCUGGCGUGGAGCCUGUGUGUGUGGACCUGGCAGACUGGGAGGCCACAGAAAAGGCCCUAAGCAAUGUGGGACCCGUGGACCUGCUGGUCAACAAUGCUGCGGUGGCUCUGUUGCAGCCCUUCCUGGAGGUCACCAAGGAGGCCUGUGACAUGUCCUUCAGUGUGAAUUUUCGGGCUGUCAUCCAGGUGUCUCAGAUUGUGGCCAAGGGGAUGAUAGCCCGCGGAGUCCCAGGGGCCAUUGUGAACGUCUCCAGCCAGGCCUCCCAGCGAGCACUGACCAACCAUACUGUUUACUGUUCUACAAAGGGUGCGCUGGACAUGCUGACCAAGAUGAUGGCGCUAGAGCUUGGGCCCCACAAGAUCCGUGUGAAUGCAGUAAACCCAACGGUGGUGAUGACACCCAUGGGCCGGGCCAACUGGAGUGACCCCCACAAGGCCAAGGUUAUGCUAGAUCGAAUCCCGCUUGGCAAGUUUGCUGGUAAGUUAGGCAGGAGUCCAGACCUGGUGCUUGCCUGGGUCCGGGUGGGGGUGGGGGUGGGGGCCCGGGGGGGGGUGGGUAAUGUGGUAGACACCAUCCUCUUCCUCCUGAGCAACCGGAGUAGCAUGACCACUGGCUCCGCUCUGCCGGUGGAUGGGGGUUUCCUGGCUACCUGA